CGGAAGUCGCGCUUUUUUAAAAAACCGUCUCGCGAGAGGCGGCGUUUGGGUUCUUUGGCGCCAGCGACGCGGCUCCGUGGAGGUUCUGAGAAACUAGAGCGUUCGGUAUGGAGCGCGUGGCUGUGGCUUCUGCGGAGAGUACGGUGGCCGGGAGGAACGCGAACUUGCCCUGGGUAGAAAAAUAUCGACCUCAGACACUGAGUGAUUUGAUUUCUCAUCAGGACAUUCUGAGCACCAUUCAGAAGUUCAUCAGUGAAGAUCGGCUGCCUCAUCUCCUCCUCUAUGGACCUCCAGGGACUGGCAAGACCUCUACCAUUUUGGCUUGCGCUAAACAGCUUUACAAAGAGAAGGAGUUUGGCUCCAUGGUCCUAGAGCUGAAUGCAUCAGAUGACAGAGGUAUUGAUAUUGUCAGAGGGCCCAUCCUGAACUUUGCCAGCACAAGGUCCAUCUUUAAGAAAGGCUUUAAGCUGGUGAUUCUGGAUGAAGCAGAUGCCAUGACACAGGAUGCCCAGAAUGCUCUCAGGCGCGUGAUAGAGAAAUUCACUGAGAACACCAGAUUUUGCCUGAUCUGCAACUACCUCUCCAAGAUCAUCCCAGCCCUGCAGUCCAGAUGCACCAGGUUCCGCUUUGGGCCCCUGACUCCUGAGCUCAUGGUUCCCCGGCUGCAGCACGUCAUCGAGAGAGAGAAAGUUGACGUAAGCGAUGAUGGAAUGAAGGCUCUGGUGACGCUGUCCAAUGGCGAUAUGCGCAGGUCUCUGAACAUCUUGCAGAGCACUUACAUGGCCUUUGGAAAAGUGACCGAGGAGACUGUCUACACCUGCACUGGACAGCCGCUCAAGACUGACAUUGCCAACAUCCUUGAUUGGAUGCUGAACCAAGAUUUCACCACUGCCUAUCGCAAUAUCAUGGAGUUGAAAACAUUGAAGGGUUUGGCUCUUCACGACAUCCUGACUGAAAUCCACUUGUUCGUCCACCGAGUUGAGUUCCCGUCAUCUGUACGAAUCCAGUUGCUGAUCAAGAUGGCGGAUGUUGAGCAUCGCCUGGCUGCAGGAACAAGUGAGAAGAUUCAGCUGGGGGCCCUUGUUGCUGCUUUCCAGGUCACCAGAGAUCUGAUUGCAGCUGAGGCCUAGGAAAGACGUUUUCUCUCCAGCCGUUUGUGCGCUGUCUAGGCUGCACCGCAGAGACCUGCAGCUUCCACUGGUGUGCAGCUCCAAAGGACUGAUCUCUUGCAUUGGCAUUUAAGGUAGCUCUGCACAGAGCUCCAUCAGAAGCUUGAAUUUAAGCUCUGGCUGUCUUAAGACAGGAGUGGGAAAGAUCUGGCCCACAAGGUCAUUCCUUGCAGACCAGACCCACCUGCCACACACCUGACAUCAGGUGUGGGGCAAGUGCCCGUGUGGCUACAAAGGAACAGUCGGAGGCUAAAAGUGAGCUCCCACUGGCUCCUUUACUGGUGCUUUUUCGCUUCUGUUUUAGCGGUGGUUUCAACGAAAGCUUUUGGCAAGUGGGCAGGACAAUCCACCUGCCAAUCCUCUAAUGUCAUAGUUUCAGGUGAUUGACAGGCGGGCUGUCCUGGAGGGGUUGCAAGCAGGUAAAGAUCUGCCCCCACCCCUAAAGGGGACAGUAGUAGCAUAAAGCAAAGAACACUUUGCUUUCUUACAUAGUGUGCAGUAGCACCACCACCACCGUUUAUUCAGGACUAAAAAGGGUGACCAGUCUCACUUCAACUGUAGCUGAAAGAGCAAGUUCAGAAAACAGAACUGUCCUCAUGCCCGACAUUAUGGGUGUAGUAGAGUGCCAUGUAGGAACAAACUAGUUCCAUGGCUAAUCCCUAGGCUUUGAGCUCACUGCCAAAAAGGAAAAGGGUCUGCCCCGAUGAUAGCCUAAAGCUAGGUGCGGAGAAUCCGUAAUCGAGAUGUUGUUGGGCUCUUAAUUCCCAUCAGCCCCAGCUGCCACGAUCACUGAGCCAGGGAUGGUGAGCAUUGUAGUUCAACAACAGCCCAAGGGUCACAGAUUCCCUAACCUCACACAGUUGCCUUAUAGCACCUCAUGAAGUCUUCCCUUUCUCCUAAUAGUGGAAUGUAAUAAUUGUGUGUGUGUGUGUGUGUGUGUGUGUGUAUAGAAUAAUAAAGUUGGAUUGGCACCUGAA